GAUGGAUUGACUUGGACACAAAGGGAAGAUAUAAGGCGCAUUUCCAUACCUCGUCGUGAGACGGUUGGGGCAAUGAAGCCCCUCACCUGGACGGCAUUUGCUCUGGCGGCGCGAGCAGCAACAGCGCGCUACAUCGACAGAAACAAGAACCAGUUAGCAAUGGACAGUCCCGUGCUGAGGUGUGCAAGGCUUAUGCCGGGCCAGCGCAUCGCAUCGCAUCGCAUCGCAUGCGGGGAGGGGCGAAGAUGACGAUGGCGGCGACGUGGACAAAAAGCCCAGCCAAGGGAGAGGGUUUUUCGCAUCGGCUGGGAUGAUUGAUGGAGGACGGAAGGGUGAUACUUACAGAGGCCCGGGACAGUUGGCUGAGCAUCUUGAAAUGGCUUGGGCGUUGCUCAAUUGGCGGAGAGCAAAAGGGCGGACCCGGACAAAGGUUUGGGGGGGGAGAGGAAUGGAGACAGGCUGAGGGUUUUGUGAAAAUCGUGAUGCCGAACCUUGGGAGACUUUCCCCGGCUAAAGCAUGGCCAGCCAGCCCGUCACGCGGAGCGCCGGGCUUUUUUUCUUCCUCUUUUGGUGCUCUGUGCCUGGGCUGCGGCAACUUUUUUUUUUUUCUUUCUUGGUGCCUCAGGUUUUGAGGGAUGGGGAGCCACUACGUCCACUAAUUCCCACUGUUUUUUUUGAGCUGUUCCAGUGCUUGAGAGCGCCGGAGAGGUCGCUGGGAUUUAGCGGGAGCUUGCGGAGAUGGGAGAGCUGCACGUGACUCGGGAGAAGUCGCGUAGAUCCCGGAAACGACGUCAGGCCACGCAGAAGCUC